UUUUAUUUAUUCUGUUUCAGAAAUAGUGUUUAGUUGCAGAAAGCAAAAGCAAUGGCGUCCGAAAAAGAGAAAACUGAAAAGACUAAAGUAAAUAAUCAAGUAAAACAUGUCCCAAAAGAUGCCCAAGUGGUUAUGUCUAUUCUCAAAGAAUUAAACGUAACUGAUUAUGAACCAAGAGUCAUCAAUCAAUUGCUGGAAUUCACCUAUCGCUACGUUACUUGCAUCUUAGAUGAUGCAAAGGUCUUUGCAAACCAUGCCCGCAAGAAAACAAUCGAUUUGGAUGACGUGAAACUAGCAUCUGAGGUUGUGCUAGACAAAGCAUUCACAUGCCCGCCACCACGACAUGUGCUAGCUAAAUUGGCAGAAGUUCGGAAUUCUAUGCCGUUGCCUCCAAUCAAGCCACAUUGUGGUUUGCGUCUACCUCCCGAUCGUUACUGCCUCUCGGCCUGCAACUACAAACUAAGGGCAGCCAGUCAGCCCCGAAAGAUGACCAAAUCCGCUCUGGAGUCACGUUCCACCAUCAAGACACAAAUAAAGUCUAGUGCUGGCGGCGGCGGCAAGCGACAAUCCGCCCUCACACCCAAAUCCCAAGUGGUCACAAUCCCCAAGCCAGUGUUUAAGUUCACGACCACCGCCAAAACAAUUUCUCUCGAUAAAUCUCAAUCCGGUUCAGCAGAUUCGCAAGCGAAUGCCGAUAUGAAGAUGGAAGUCGACAAUGAAGCAACCAACGCAAGUGCAAUCGGAAGCAUUGGAGGUGCCGUGAAACGAGAACGAGAAGAGGAUGACUUCGAAGUUGUGACAUAAAAUAACCAGUUUAGCGAGGGAAAUAAAAUUUGUAUUUGUAAUUAAUUAA